GCUCAUCCCUCACUUCCCAUGAGCCUAAUCUGUUCGCUGCUUCCCCAUACAGCCAUCCAGACUGAGGAAGACCCGGAAACUCCGGGGCCACGUGAGCCAUGGCCACGGUCGCAUUGCUUUGCAUGCCUGCAGGUAAACACCGCAAGCACCCAGGAGGCCGCGGGAAUGCUGGAGGCAUGCAUCACCACAGGAUCAACUUCGACAAAUACCAUCCAGGUUACUUUGGGAAAGUUGGUAUGAGGCAUUACCACUUAAAGAGGAACCAGAGCUUCUGCCCAACAGUCAACCUGGAUAAGUUGUGGACACUGGUCAGUGAACAGACUAGGGUCAAUGCUGCCAAGAACAAGACUGGAGCUGCUCCCAUCAUUGAUGUUGUGCGAUCGGGCUACUACAAAGUUCUGGGGAAGGGGAAGCUCCCUAAACAACCUGUCAUCGUGAAAGCCAAAUUUUUCAGCAGAAGAGCUGAAGAGAAGAUAAAGGGUGUUGGAGGUGCCUGUGUCCUGGUGGCUUGAACCACCCAGGGAGGUUAAUUAAAUGCUAACAUUUUCCAA